CGCUCUGAAGCUGCGAUUUUCGCGCGCUUUGGCGCAGGCGGUUGUGGGUAGCGCGCCCAGGAGGGAGAAAGGAUCGGGGGGUUUAUUAUCGCGCCGCCCGCAGGGCCUAAAAUGAUGUUCGAGGACGACCCCCACGACGAGGGGGCGGCGGUAGUCGCCGCCGCCGGGGAGGCGCUACAGGCCUUGUGCCAGGAGCUGAACCUGGACGAGGGGAGCGCGGCCGAAGCCCUGGACGACUUCACCGCCAUCAGGGGCAACUACAGCCUAGAGGGAGAAGUUAUACACUGGUUGGCAUGUUCAUUAUAUGUUGCAUGCCGCAAAAGCAUUAUUCCCACAGUUGGAAAGGGUAUUAUGGAAGGAAAUUGUGUUUCGCUUACCAGAAUACUACGUUCAGCUAAAUUAAGUUUGAUACAGUUUUUUAGUAAAAUGAAGAAGUGGAUGGACAUGUCAAAUCUGCCACAAGAAUUUCGUGAACGUAUAGAAAGACUAGAAAGAAACUUUGAAGUGUCUACUAUAAUUUUCAAAAAAUUUGAGCCAAUUUUUUUAGAUAUUUUUCAAAAUCCAUAUGAAGAAACACCAAAGUUACCACGAAGCAGGAAGCAGAGGAGGAGUCCUUGCAGUGUUAAGGAUCUCUUUAAUUUCUGUUGGACCCUCUUUGUUUAUACUAAGGGUAAUUUUCGUAUGAUCGGAGAUGAUUUAGUAAACUCUUAUCAUUUACUUCUGUGCUGCUUGGAUCUGAUUUUUGCCAAUGCCAUUAUAUGUCCAAACAGACGAGACUUGUUAAAUCCAUCAUUUAAAGGUUUACCAUCUGAUUUUCAUACUGCUGACUUCAGGGCUCCAGAAGAGCCUCCCUGCAUCAUUGCUGUACUGUGUGAACUGCAUGAUGGACUUCUAGUAGAAGCAAAAGGAAUAAAAGAACAUUACUUUAAGCCAUAUAUUUCAAAACUCUUUGACAGGAAGAUUUUAAAAGGAGAAUGCCUCUUGGACCUUUCCAGUUUCACUGAUAAUAGCAAAGCAGUGAACAAGGAGUAUGAAGAAUAUGUUUUAACUGUUGGUGAUUUUGACGAGAGGAUCUUUUUGGGAGCAGAUGCAGAAGAGGAAAUUGGAACUCCUCGAAAGUUCGCUGGUGACACCCCACUAGGGAAACUGACAGCACAGGCUAACGUGGAGUGUAACCUUCAGCAACACUUCGAAAAAAAAACAUUUGCACCUUCCACCCCACUGACAGGACGGAGAUAUUUACGAGAAAAAGAAGCAGUCAUUACUCCUGUUGCUUCAGCUACUCAAAGUGUGAGCCGGUUACAGAGUAUUGUGACUGGACUGAAAAAUGCACCAAGCGAACAACUUACAAAUAUUUUUGAAUCUUGUAUGCGUAAUCCUAUGGGAAAUAUUAUGAAAAUAGUGAAAGAAAUUGGAGAGACUUUCUGUCAACACUAUACUCAAUCAACAGAUGAGCAACCAGGAUCUCACAUAGACUUUGCUGUAAACAGACUAAAGCUUGCAGAAAUUUUGUAUUAUAAAAUAUUAGAGACUGUAAUGGUUCAGGAAACACGAAGACUUCAUGGAAUGGACAUGUCAGUUCUUUUAGAGCAAGAUAUAUUUCAUCGUUCCUUGAUGGCUUGUUGUUUGGAAAUUGUGCUCUUUGCCUAUAGCUCACCUCGUACUUUUCCCUGGAUUAUUGAAGUUCUCAAUUUGCAGCCAUUUUAUUUUUAUAAGGUUAUUGAGGUGAUGAUCCGCUCAGAGGAAGGACUUUCCAGGGACAUGGUGAAACACCUGAAUAGCAUCGAAGAACAAAUUUUGGAGAGCUUAGCAUGGAAUCACAAUUCUGCACUAUGGGAGGUUCUCCAGGCUUCUGCAAACAAAGUUCCUACUUGUGAGGAAGUUAUAUUUCCAAAUAACUUUGAAACAGGAAAUGGGGGAAAUAUACAGGGACAUCUUCCCAUGAUGCCAAUGUCUCCGUUAAUGCAUCCGAGGGUAAAAGAAGUUCGGACAGACAGUGGAAGUCUUCGAAAGGAUAUGCAACCAUUGUCUCCAAUUUCUGUUCAUGAACGCUACAGUUCUCCCACCGCAGGGAGUGCUAAGAGAAGACUUUUUGGGGAGGAGCCCACAAAAGAAGUGCUUUUGGACAGGAUUAUAACAGAAGGAAAAAAAUUGAAAAUUGCUCCUUCUUCAAGCAUUACAGCAGAAAACAUAUCAAUUUCACCUGGGCAAAGUCUUUUAACAAUGACCACAGCCAUAGUAACGGGGACAACAGGACAUAAAGUUACAAUCCCAUUGCAUGGUAUUGCAAAUGAUGCUGGGGAGAUCACGCUGAUACCAAUUUCCAUGAACACAACUCAGGAGUCCAGAGUCGAGAGUCCGGUAUCACUUACUGCUCAGUCAUUGAUUGGUGCUUCUCCAAAACAAACUCAUCUGAUUAAAGCACAAGAGGUACAUCCAACUGGAAUGAGCAGGCCAAAGAGAACUGGGUCCUUAGCACUGUUUUAUAGAAAGGUCUAUCAUUUGGCAAGUGUACGCUUACGUGAUUUAUGUUUAAAACUGGAUGUUUCAAAUGAGUUACGAAGGAAGAUAUGGACGUGUUUUGAAUUCACUUUAGUUCACUGCCCUGACCUAAUGAAAGAUAGACAUUUGGAUCAGCUCCUUCUUUGUGCCUUUUACAUCAUGGCAAAGGUAACAAAAGAAGAAAGAACUUUUCAAGAAAUAAUGAAAAGUUAUAGGAAUCAGCCCCAAGCUAAUAGUCAUGUCUAUAGAAGUGUACUGUUGAAAAGUAUUCCAAAAGAAGUUGUGGUUUACAAUAAAAUAAUAAAUGGUGAUUUUGAAAUGACAGAUCGUGACUUGGAAGAUGUUACAAAAACACCUGAUUGUUCCAGUGUACCAGUGAGAGAGGAAAGAGGCGAUCUUAUCAAAUUUUACAAUACAGUAUAUGUAGGAAGAGUAAAGUCAUUUGCAUUGAAAUAUGACUUGUCAAAUCAGGACCAUAUGAUGGAAGCUCCACCACUCUCUCCUUUUCCAUAUAUUAAGCAACAGCCAGGCUCACCACGCCGAAUUUCCCAGCAGCACUCCAUUUAUGUUUCCCCACACAAGAAUGGGUCAGGCCUUACGCCCAGGACUGCUCUGCUGUAUAAGUUCAAUGGCAGCCCUUCUAAGAGUUUGAAAGAUAUCAACAACAUGAUAAGGCAAGGAGAACAGAGAACCAAGAAGCGAGCAAUAGCCAUUGAUGGUGAUGCAGAAUCACCUGCCAAACGCCUCUGUCAAGAAAAUGAUGAUGUUUUACUUAAAAGACUACAGGAUGUUGUCAGUGAAAGAGCAAAUCAUUAGUGCCUUCCCUGUUUCUGUGAUAAAAGCACUUUCAGGUUGUUUUGCAGAAGGUUGAUGCUCUAUCCUUCAAAACAUUCAGCCCUGUAGAUGGUAAAUAUCACUGAGUUAAAAGAAAAACUGCACAAAACUUACAUGCUUUUUUUUUAACAUUCAUCCAGUUGACAGAGAUGUAUUUUGAGUUGGAUUGGAAAGGAAUGUUUUAAGUGCCUUUUAAACAUAUUAAUAGCCCUAGAAUUUUUUUAAUGUUUGUUCCUUGGGUUAGUUUUUAAGAUGAAAUA